AUGGAGAGGAGGGAACAAUUAAUCUUGACCUUCUACAGUCCUGAGGUUCCCAAAAUUAAGGGGAAUCGGAAAUACCAAAGGCCUACCCUCCCCACCAACAAACAUCCGAGUGCCUCGAUGCCACCCGAGAGGCGGCAGCAGCAUGUGGAUCAAACACACACCUAUAUCCGAAUGUUCUGUGGCAGCCUCUGUGGUUUUAGCCUCCUGAUGCUGAUCUGCGUGUCCCCGCUGAACUGGGUGCAGUUCCUGGUGAUCAAGAAUGGCCUUGAGCUCUACGCAGGACUCUGGAUCACGUGCAACCAUGAGCUGUGCUGGAGCCACACACCCAAGCCACCCUAUUACCUCCACUAUUCCAGGGCCUUCUUCCUCAUCUCUGUCCUAAUCAUACUCAUUGGCCUUGGCUGGCUCUUCAGCUCUUGCCUACCUAGAAGAGGAAGCAUGACCACCAACUUGGAUCUGAAGGUAUCCCUGCUCAGCUUCACCUCAGCCACCUGCCUGCUCUUCUGCCUCGUCCUAUUUCUGGCACAGGUUCAUUGGCAUGCUAGAGACGCCAUGGAGUCAGAUCUCCUAUGGGCCUAUCAUCUUAAUUGGUGGAGUGACUUCUUAUACACAUUUGCUGGGAUCAUCUCCUUCCUCAACUACAUAACUUCCAGAUCUCCUCCCCUUGAUCAAGAUGUCACUGCGAUUCCUAUAGAGACAUCAAGGUUGGGGGUUGGUCCAGUGACUACAAUAUCACCUGCUGAAGAUGAAGGGUCAAAUUCUGAGAUGGAAUCUCCAAGUGAGGAAAAUAAAAAACUACCAAAUGCAGAACUGUGAUGGUGAUAGGAAAACCCAACUACUGCUUGUCUUAAAAAUGUGGGAGAAGCUAACUGAGUUGGGAAUGAUUGUGCAGAUUCUUGGAAACUUUCCUAAUAUCAUGUCCACAUUACUGAAGGAGACAGCGUUAAAGCCAA